UCACAGUUCCACUCUCGUAGAGACCACUUCAUUGUACCGAAUGCAACACCACCAAAGCGUUGUACGGUAAUUGGAACAGAUUCGGUAGACGAGGACAUGGAGGCUCUGCUGAACUUAGGGCCAUCAUUUGCCAUAGCUACAGCUGUUACCCAGGAUUUAUGUGUGCUUUUCACACAUUCGCUAACCAAAUUCGAUGGAGAGAACAUUCGAGCCCUGUGUCCUAGACAGAUUAUCGACAUUCACUUCAUCGAUACCGUUCCCAGCAACGUCAGUGUUGACACCAAAACCAGCACCUGCGCUGGAAUCUACACUGACAUCACUCCAGCUAAACCUGCUUCGAUACAACAUAAGUCGACAAAGGUGGUGACUUCGUUGUUCUCACGCAGAGAAUGGACAAGAACCUCAGUCGACAACACCUAUCGGAUGAAACAACGUAUGGAAAGGCAUCGCUUCGAGAGUUCGAAAAAGUGUCAAAUGAGCUUAGAAGCACAGCAACGCGAAUACUGGGCAAGAUUA